AGUAGGAAAGUAGGACAGCACAGAAAAUAGACCGAGAGGAGAGGAGGGAUAGGGGGGAUAGGAGGACGGAGGAGAACAUAAUUGCAAGGUGGGAUCAGCGGAUGACGCAGUGGCAGGCAAGCAUACACAGCGGUAGUCAGCAUCAGUCGCCGUUGCUGUUGGUGGCUGCGCGGCGUCGGACCAGAGGCCAGGCGGCGCUGCACGGUUGCCGCGAUGUACAGGCUAGCGUGCAUCGUUUGCUGCAUCACCUUUGUGUCGUCUGUCUUCGCCCAAGAUCAGCGGUGUUCAGAUCACGUGGUCGAAAUCGAUGUGACCUCAUCUGGAGGCGUUCUUUAUUCUCCGGGCUACCCAGAGGAUUAUCAGAACUCACAACAGUGUCGAUGGCUGCUGACAUCGAAACUUGCGGGCAAAGUGGUGCAGUUACUUCCCUUGGAGAUGCACGUGGGCCGCAGCGCACUCAGAGAUGACGGUUGCCCUGAUGACGUCAUUACAGCUUACGAUGGGCCGGGGGAAGAGUCGGCUGUAUUGCACACUUGGUGUGGACGGGACAAGACUGUGGGUGUGUCUACUGGAAGUCGGGUUCUGGUUGUCUUCAUCGCCAACCGCCAACUGCGCUACCGGGGAUUCGCCCUUAAGUACUCCCUCGUGACGCUGUCCAGUACAAGUUGUAGAGAAGGGAAGGUGCGAACCAUCCCACUAGAUAACAUUCCUGUCAUCCUGGACGUACAGCCGCCAUCCCAAAAGCGCCUGGACAGCACCUGCAGCUGGCGGCUCGUGCCAGAUGACUCAAAACGUCACGUGGUACUUGACCUUGAAACCUACUCCGAGUUAGAUUGUUCAUCCGGGAAUUUUUCUAUUUAUGAUGGACUUGAUUCAUCUAGCCCGGAACUGCUCACAUGGUGUGCGCGCAGGACUCAACCGUUUUCUUCCUUCUUCCUGCCUGGCAGUCAUGCGUUCCUUGUCUUCAGGUGGUUAUCCGCUUCUUCAUCGUCGUCCUUCAGAUUCAUUGUCAGAACGAGGCCCUCUUCCUUAAUGUGCAACGACACUGAACCCCCACUCGUGGAGGUCAAGCACUUGCCCGUAUUUCUCGGUUUACCGUUUGCAAAGAACACAAGUGGAGACAACUGUCCAGUGCGUAUUGUGUCCCAUCAUCGUGGAGUGACCUUACGUGUAGACGUUCUCGAGACUGACGGUCAGCCUGCCGGAUGUGACGUCAGCUUCUUAGACGUUGUUCAUGAGGAUGCUGAUGGCAACAUCACCAAAGACGACCCCAGGUGUACGGCAGACGGGCAGACAGUCUACUGGCUGAAGGCCAACUCUGUCAUUCUUUCACCAGCUUGGAAUCUGACCAAAGUCCUCAUCAGAGUGGUUCCCUUGGAGAACCCUGAGUGCCAGGGCCGAGUGACACAUGACACAGCUCCUAGCGAUGAAGUGUUGGUCAUCACACAGCCUCCAUCGGGAGUCAGUCGCAGCCUGCAGUACGCCAACAACGCUUGGUGUCGCUACCUUGUAAGCGGCGAGCGAGAAACAGAUCACGUGACUGCGCGCGUGACAGGCGAGAUGUGCGAGCAGUUUCAUUUUUGUGGUGAUUACGUCAGGCUGUACGAUGGAAAUUCCACGGAUAGCCCACUCCUGUACGAUUCAGGGGGAGACAACCAUAUCAGCGUCUACAUCACGAGCAGGACACGAUAUGUGAUGAUGGAAAUUUGGACUGACGAUAGAGACAACUACGGGUUUGUCAGGGCUGAAUUCAACUCAGUGCCAGACAACGCUUUCUGCCAGGGUGUCAUCACGUUAAAAGCGACUAGAGAAGCCAACAACUUGACAUCAGUAAACUACCCGAAUUACUACCCGGUCAAUUACUUGUGCCAUUACUGCAUUACAUCAGACGAUAACAAUGACAUCAUCUACGCCGAUGUACUGGAUGCUGAUUUGACUUAUACUUGCUUGGACUUCGUGGAAGUUUACGAUGGUAAUGCAGAUGACCCCGAUCCUCACUUGUUGGGGAGGUUUUGUGCUCAAAGCAAGCCCUCCUACGUCAGUUCCGGUCCCAGCAUGUGCCUUCUCUUCCGCUCAGACGCUGCGAUGCACGGAAAAGGCUGGCUUCUUUCCUACAGGGCAGGACCACCCCAAGAAAAUGUGGAUAUCGGGACAUCAGCAAUGAGGGCAACGACUGUGCAGACCGCCGUUUUGGGUGUGUUGUUGGCCUUAGUGACUCUUGGCCUGAUUACCACUGUUAUUGUAACUUUCUGGAAAACUCGAUCGAGCAAGUCUAAUCACUCUUACCAUCCACCAGGGCAAGGAGAAACAACAACAUGAGCAGGGUGUUCAGACUAAUUGUAUCGACCUCUGCACUCAAGUAUGUGCGUAGGUGGAUGCGAGCGUGUGCUCCAAGAGCAUUGUAUGGUGUGUAUGUGUGUAUAUGUAUGUUUGAUGAAUUUAUAUAUAUAGAAUAUAUGACAUGUUUGUGGAUGGUAUUAUGUAUGGAAUGUGUUAUGUUUUCAUUAUAUGUAUGUCUCUUCUAUUCUUCCAUGUAUGGUACGUAAUGUGUGGUGUAUAUAUUUACGGUGUAAAUCUUUUGUAUAUUAUAAAUGUUUGUAUAUUUGUGUUGAAUAUAUGGUGUGCAUGUAUUUUCGAGAUUGCUAUGAAAGAAACAAAAAGUUGAAACCACAUGAUCUGAAGUAGGUGACAUUAUUUAGUCUCCUCUGCUGGUCGUCUGCUCUGGUGUAGGACAACAGAUCGUACAAAGGUUAAAGGACAGGACAGAAUGAUGGUGCGCUCUCUACAAGACAGAGGGUUCAAGGCCAAAGGCAGUGGAGUAGAAACCUGGGUGGGUGGGGAAGCAGCUUCUGCCCCCAAAAAAGAUACUGAGGAGGCAAGAAUGUGAACGUCGUUCACUGUCAGUAUUAAGUGUUCCUCUUCCCGACCCUCAAAGCUGAUCAUCUUCCCACGCAACUGACAGGAUCGAAUGUCAGUCAGAUAAAAAAAAAAAGUAGAUCCUCGGUGUUGAACAAUUUCUGGGUCGUCGGCAAGAUAGAGUGUAAUUAGCGCACUCCUACUUUGUUGAUUGUUAGCAAGCCACAGAAGACCCCAGGCAAUGCUUCGACCAUUGGCAAGACGAUUGGCAGAUGUGACUUGGACCUGAACCUGGACACAGGGCUACCGAAAGCCAGCAUGGGUCUCGAGGCAGACCUUUCCAAGUCCCUUGCAUUAAUUGUAAUCGUUAAUUUUUUUCCCAGUAGACAACUAUAAGCUUAUAAGCUUACUACAGUUCGUUUAGCAAGGUAAUAUACACAGCAAACAUUAGGAAAAGUGUACAACUUUGUAGAGGUCUUUCAAAGCUAACUUUGUUUAUUUGCUGUUUUUGUCUCGUGCUUCCUUUUCUUUUUGUUUUUGCGCUCACGACAUGAGAUGACUCAUUAGUAGCAGACCAGUUGUAAGAAGUAGGAAGUAGCUGGAAUGAACUAAAUUUAAUAGAUAUGUAUAUGUAUAUCUCUGUAUUUAUUAUAAUAUAUAAUAAAUAUGAGAAAUAUGUUCCUGUCUCCAACUGUAACUACUUAGUUUAUUUAAACCAUAAUCUUAUAUUAGGCUGUGCCAAUCUGUCUACUGGGGCGGGGGAGAGUCUUUACUCAGGUAAGCAUGCCAUGCCACCGCAAAGGGGUGAACCUUAGAAUAAAUAAGAGCUGGCCUGCAGGAUCUCGCACACUAAUGACCACCUUUAUGCAGGUCUCUGUGAAGAUCCUCCUAUUUCUUGACUACCUUUAGUGGUUGAAUGAAUCCUUUCCACACUAUCUCUCCUACACUUUUUGAUUUUGUAGUUUGCAGCCAUGUUACUGUAUUUAUUUGUAGUGUUGCGCUGAUGUUUGAACUGACUGGUGAGUGGGCAAAUGCGAUGUAAGUGAUUUAAACUAUUAUUAUUAUUAUUAGUAUUAGUAUUAUUAUUAGUAUUAUUAUUAUUGCCGAAAUUUUAUAAAUAAAUUAUAAAAAAUCAAUAUGCACAAUUCACAAAUAUAUCCAUGUCUAUGGCCUACCAUUACUUUUCCGAUCUCAUGUAAACUGAACAUACAAUGCUGUUCAUCUUUAAUGAUAUUAGGUUUUUCACAGACUGGACAACCUUAAUGAGCUGCUAUAGAUGGAUCAAACAAUCUUUUAUUGGCAUUAAGGCCUAAUCAGAGAGAGAGAGAGAGACAAAGAAAGAGAGGGAAAAAGAGAGAAAAAAUCAUUGGAGGAAUAAAAAUCGUUCCAAUCUUUGAUAGCAAAAGCUUUCUUUACAGCCGCAUUUGUGAAAUUCAUUACUUACGAUAGCUAUCUGAUAUCUGUCAAUACAGUAUCUGAUGGCAUAAUUAGGAAUAAAAUAUUUUAUAGUUUAA